ACUGACUUCACUCUGCUCGCACCGAGAGCUUCAUCCCGACCUACUCUGUCGCCCCCUAUGUCUUUGUCUGUGGCCUGAGACCCUCUCGCUGCACUCUCACCCUCCCCUGGUCCCAUUCUCCCUUUCACUUCUCGUUGCCUUUUCAUUCCUCAACCACCUUUCCAUCAUUGCUCAUUCUUCAGCCUUUCUUCAAAUUCGUUUCCUUUUCCCAGGGCUACUGAGGCCUCUGAGCCAUCCCCUCCGCGCAGCACAUUACCCAAAACCCUCCUACGUGCAAUUUCGUCUCCAAUCUUCAGCCGCACGUGCCAUUCGCAUCAUGAGUUCCUCUGAGGAGGAUGCUCCUCUCGUUGGGAAGAGGAAGACCAACGGGCUCUCUCAUGCCCCGUAUCCAUCUGAAGAGCUAGUGUCCAAGGCAACAGAUCCUUCUUCCACGAGCACCCCCACUACAAACGGGACCACGAAACCGGGAGUUUCUAUCCGGUAUGGGCCCAUUGACGAUGAAGAUGUGGAAAUGCAAGAUGGAGAAGUGAACGGCGCGCCGCAAACCAAACGGAAGUCAAGAGCCAGCGCUGCAAACAAAUCCUAUGCAGAACCCGAGAGCAGCGAGGAAGAUGAUAAGCCCUUGAGCAAGCGCCGUCGUACCUCUACCAAGAACCGAGUCGAAGAUUCCGAUUCUGAUGACGCGCCUCUACUUUCGAGGUCCACGAGAGCUCAAAAACUUCCUGCCCCAACCGCAGCCGAGGAAAAAGAGCUCCUUGCAGAAAAGGCCGAGAUUGAGCACCGUGCUGAGAUCGAAGCAAAGGCUAUUAGGAAACAUGAACGCGAAGAUGCUGCCAAGAAGAAGCCUGUAGGUAAAGCCGCAAAGGCACCAUCCGCUCGGCAGCCCGCAAAACAAAAGCCAGCCGCCGGUAAACGGACAAAUGGCAUCAAGAAAAGUGAAUCCAGUGAUGAGGAUCUUCCACUUCGUCGGAAACCUCGUGCCAAGGCUGCUAAACCUGCAAAAUCAGGAACUACAACUCCUGCAAUAAAGGGCGAAGAUAAAGCCAAACAAGAAAGUGAAGAGGCUGAGGUUGAAGCGGAGGAAGAGGAAGAGUAUCGCUGGUGGGAAGAACCUACAAAAGGAGAUGGGACAAUCAAGUGGACCACUCUUGAGCAUAACGGUGUGGUGUUCCCGCCUCCUUACGAACCGCUUCCUAAGAACGUGAAGAUGAAGUACGAUGGUGUUCCAAUUUCUUUAGAACCAGACGCUGAAGAGGUUGCUGGCUUUUUCGGAUCGAUGCUUAAUUCUACCCACAACGUCGAAAAUCCGACUUUUCAAAAGAAUUUCUUCGAAGAUUUCACCGCUAUUAUUAAGAAAACCGGAGGCGCCAAAGAUUCACAAGGGAAUAAAGUGCUAAUCAAAGAUUUCAAAAAGUGCGACUUUAGACCGAUUUUUGAAUACUAUGAAAUGAAACGUGAAGAAAAGAAGGCUCUUCCUGCUGCAGAAAGGAAGCGAUUAAAAGUUGAGAAAGAAGCCGCAGAGGCUCCAUACAUGUACUGCAUGUGGGAUGGCCGGAAACAAAAAGUGGGAAAUUUCCGUGUUGAACCUCCAGCGCUGUUCCGUGGUCGUGGUGAACAUCCAAAAACAGGCCGGGUUAAGACACGGGUUCAACCCGAGCAGAUCACUAUCAACAUCGGAAAAGGCGCUGCAGUCCCUCCACCGCCCGCCGGCCACAAGUGGAAGGAAGUGAAACACGACCAAGAAGGGACGUGGCUGGCAAUGUGGCAGGAAAAUAUCAAUGGCAAUUACAAGUACGUGAUGCUUGCGGCGAAUUCGGACAUCAAGGGCCAAAGUGACUUCAAGAAAUUUGAGAAAGCGCGAGAGCUGAAGAAACAUAUUGAUCGGAUUCGCAAAGACUAUCGGAAAGGCCUUAAGGAUGAACUCAUGGCAAACCGCCAGAGAGCAACUGCUGUCUAUCUCAUCGAUCAGUUUGCACUGAGAGCUGGUAACGAGAAAGGAGAAGAUGAGGCCGACACCGUCGGUUGUUGCUCACUGAAAUAUGAGCAUGUCACGUUAAAGCCACCAAAUAAAGUUAUCUUCGACUUCCUAGGUAAAGACAGUAUCCGAUUUUAUGACGAGGUAGAAGUCGACCCUCAGGUCUUCAAGAAUCUCAAGAUUUUCAAGAAGGCCCCGAAAAAGGAUGGAGACGAGAUAUUCGAUCGGCUUACGACGAGUGCUCUCAACAAGCAUCUUUCGGGUUACAUGGCUGGACUGACAGCCAAAGUUUUCCGUACAUAUAACGCCUCGUACACCAUGGCUACUUUACUGAGACAAAUGAAUGCAACCGGGACUAUCCACGAAAAGGUCAAGCAAUACAACGAUGCCAAUCGGAAAGUCGCCAUCCUUUGCAACCACAAGCGUACAGUUGCUGCUGGCCAUGCGAACCAAAUGGAAAAGUUAGGCGAAAGGAUAAAAGGGCUGCGCUAUCAAAAAUGGCGGAUCAAGCAGAUGAUGCUUGAUCUCGAUCCUAAGAUCAAGAAGAAGAAGGGUGCUGAGUUCUUCGAGCUGGAUCCAGACCUUGACGAAGAGUGGAUUAAACAGCACCAAGCUUUCCUGGUAGAAGAGCAGCGUCAGAAAAUUCAAAAGAAAUUUGAUAAAGACAACGAAAAGCUCCGCGCGGAAGGAGAGAAAGAGAUGAAGGUUAAAGAACUUGAGAAGCGACUUGAAGUUGCCGAAGAGCUGGCUGCGAAAUUCAAAAAAGAAAAUAAGACCAAGAAAGUAGAGGCUGAAGGCAAGGGAGCCACAAUUGAGAAAUACGAGAACAACCUCGCCAAACUGGAUCAGCGCAUUGAUACGAUGUCGCUGCAGGCCCAGGACAAGGAAGAUAAUAAGGAGGUUGCCCUGGGAACAUCAAAGAUCAAUUACAUUGAUCCCCGAUUAACAGUUGUGUUCUCAAAGAAAUUCAGCGUGCCCAUCGAAAAAUUUUUCUCGAAGACCCUUCGAGAGAAAUUUGACUGGGCCAUCAAAUCUGUUGAUGAGAAUUGGGAGUUCUAAUCACCUAUAUAAGAAUUUCCCACGCACUCUUCGGCCCAGUUGAACACGAUUCACGGAGUUUCACCAGGGGCGGAGGUUUGGUUUUAGCUUUGCUAUAUGUUGUAUUUACUUGAGAGGGGUGCAGGCAUGAAGGGUUCAGGGGAAGAGGCUUGAUUUGUUUGACUUUUAGCAAACCUCAUGCCUGAUUUUGCUUGAGAUCCCUACUGACUAACUAGAUAUCAUAAACACAUUGAAUUGGCUAUUGGUCACUUAAAUCAAAUAUAGAUAUCUAAUCAAUAUUCU